AUGAGCAGACUACAAUGCGAUUAUCACAGGUCGAUCAACGCACCGCCCUCGCAGGUUUCGCAGUCACAAGAGGAGCGUGCCAACUGCUUGGCUGGGAAAGCUACAUACAGGGCUUCGUUGCGAUCAAGGCUUAAGAAUGCACAACGUUCGAGAAUGUCAAAAGGCAUCUUCGCGCAACCGUCAACCCAGGGAUACAGACCGCUGUGUCUGCUGACAGCGACCGCUGUCUGUGCGAAAUCUGCUGAGGUCACACCGCUUCGUAGAUCUGUUCACAAUGAUACGAAUGCUGCCACCACUGCAAGGUCGAGGACAGUUGAAACAUUCAACCGCAGGCGCGUACGUCAAUCCAAUGACGCUACUGCAACAGCGAGCGCUAGGUCUGCUGAGACACUGCUACGUAGGACUGUUCGAAAUGCUAGGAAUGCUGUCACCAAUGCAAGGUCGAGGGCAGCUGAAACAUUUGUCCGCUGGCGCGCCCGUCAAUCCAGCGACGCUGCUGCAACAACUAGGUCGAUGGAAUCCGAGACAGAACAACAGCAGGCAACCUGCAAUUCCCGCAACGCUGCAGUGACUUCUGAUGCCGGAAACUCCAAGGGCCUAAAGACAAGGGCAAGAAGAAUUUCAACGGCUGCCACAAUCAUUGCCGCUGUGCGCUUAUUUCAAAUUCUCCAAGCUCGCCACUUACGCCUCGACGGUGUCAUUCAGCGUCGCCCGUUGUAUUACCUUCCCAGUAGCUCUUUUUGGUUUUCCUUGGCUUUCAAUUACGACCCCGUCAUUAACUUAACUGUGUGUGUCGAUAUCAAUGUUGGAUACAUGAACUGCGUUCGCCAAUUCUGCAACGCCCGCAUAUGGGCUGGGGAGCCUGCCGGGCUGUGCUGCUCCUCCGUUCGAUUGCCACAUUUGCGAACUGUCCCGUUGAAGGGACUAAAAGCCGGCUUCCAUCCCGACUCCAUCCACUGUCUUAAAACAGUUAGGGAAUACAAUUUCUUUGAAAUGACCUCAUUUGGGGCUCAGCUGUUUCGAGAACAGAGUUGGAUGCCCACUUUCAAAGUACAGGGGCAGGUAUACCACCGCAUUGGAUCUCUGCUGCCUGAGGAGACCUCUACACUUAAAUUCCUUCAACUGUACUUUAUUGCAGACUACAGCCUACAGGCCAAAUUUGUAUUUUGCCGCCGUCGGGAAGUGUUGCGCACAAGGACGUCAUGCUACUACUUCAGACCAUGCUUCACGAGGCUAACAGCUACAUUCGCAGUUUCAAAUAUGCUUUGGAAAAGGCUCCGUUUCCUUCCUUCAGCAUUAGGCGGCGCUGUUCACAGGAUUUCAGAGACCCAUCAAUCAUAUGAUGCAAUGCAGUACCCUUUACUUUUCCCUUAUGGUGACGAUGGCUACUACUUCGGCAUUCUCCUUCAUACUCCGGGUGGCCAACCUACAACGCCCUCCAAAGCAUUAUUGUGCAAGGCCUUCCACUCAUACCGGUUCAUGGAUAGGGAUGGAGAAUUUAACCUGCUUCAUAUGUGCAGUCAUCGCCGACAUCUAUGUCACCACCACGACCAGUCCGAGAGGACGUGCUUCUUCCUCUGGCUUCUGCUUCAUGGAGGUUCGUUGUUCCGUCAUAGUUUGAGACGAAAUAUGGCUCACAAUCAAGCACUCGUACCGUUAAAUAAGUCCCUUCGAGUCAUUAGAGACUCCACUGAUCUCAUGGAUGGCUUGGCUCUCCUUCUGUCAAGUGACAUUCGACUAACCCUGUCUGUCAUUGCCAAAGGGACAAGGCGUCGUGUUGCCAACACCUACCGGGAGGCUUCUAGCACUUAA